AUGCCCUCAUGCUCCUCACAUCGCUCAUGCCAGCUGCUUAAUUUUCAUUAUCGUGUGCGCGCCGCGUCUAAUUGCCUCACCCGCUCAACCUGCAGCUCUUCUCCCCUCCCUCCGCGAAUCUCCUUCGCGCAUGCGUUCCCCCUUACCCCACCGCUCCCCGUACGCGCAGCCCCCGCCCUGCAGGCGUGCGAAGAGGCGUGGGGUACGAGGCUGCGGGGAUGGCGGGCGGGCGCUGACUGCACCGUGGCGCAAGGGCUGACGUGCGAUCCGAGCGGCAUGAUCUCCGCCAUCGAUCUGAGCAUGAGCAACCUCACGGGCCCCAUUCCUCCCGACAUAACAACCCUCACCGCGCUCACCAAACUGUCCUUGGGCGACAACAGCCUGUCUGGCGCCAUUCCGUGGCAGCUCAGUAUGUUGCCGUUGCUAAUGGACCUCAACCUGUACAGCAACAAUCUCUCAGGCCCUGUGCCGCCACAGCUGGGCAAACUCACAGUGCUCACCAGCCUAGUGCUGGGCAGAAACCAGCUGUCCGGGUCCAUUCCCACUACCAUCUCUGCACUCGCAGCCCUUACCAUCGACCUGAGCAGCAACAACAUCACUGGCAGCAUCCCGGCCUCCUUCUCAGCCCACACUAACCUGCAAGAGCUGUGCGCCCGCCCUCCCUUGCUGCCAACUGAAGGCUCUCUUCAGUAUAGCCUUCGUGAUUCCAGUUCUUUUCCAUGCUAUCUUCUCGCUCUUUCUGUCUCGCCUUUGCAGCUGUCAGCCUCCUCGCACGUUACUCCUCUCACCUCAUCCCCUGUCGUAUGGCCGCUACUGCUGUGCUGUGGCAGGGACCUGAGCAGCAACGAUUUGGAAGGACCCAUUCCGGACUCCAUGGGACGCAUGGCUAACCUCACAGUGCUAAAUCUGUCGAGCAACAAGCUGAACGGGUCCAUACCAGCUGCCAUCGGCUCAAUGACGUCACUCAAGCACCUCUACCUGCACAACAACUUUCUGUCGUCCUCCCUGCCCUCCACUCUGGGUGGACUCUCCGCCCUGGUCGACCUAGUGGUGGGCAACAACAGGCAGCUGAAUGGCAGCAUUCCCGACUCCUUGGGCAGCAUCAGCACCCUUGAGCGACUUGUACUCAGCGAGAACUCACUGCAAGGGACCAUCCCCAACACCUUCAGUCAACUCACCAAUCUCGAGCAGCUCGACCUGGCGUGGAACGGAAUCAACGGCUCCAUCCCUGCCUCCCUCGCUGCCAUCGCAUCCUCUCUCACCCACCUCAACAUAAGGCAGAACGAGCUCACCGGGUCUCUGCCUUCCGCCCUUGCAUCCCUUUCCAACCUCGUCAACCUGGACGUAUCAAUUAACGACAUAACAGGGACCCUCUUUGACAUGGCCAACAUGACCUCACUCGCAGUGCUCGCUGUGGGUUUCAACAGGCUGCAGGGCUCCAUCCCAAGCUCCAUCACCGCACUCCACAUGCUCUCACACCU